UAUGACUGCAUUGCAAAAACACGUUUCUUUCUUCGAUAGAAACAAGGAUGGAAUUAUUUAUCCAAAGGAGACAUUCCAAGGAUUCAGAGCAAUGGGUACUAACUUCGCCUUGUCCACUGCGGCUGCGGCUCUCAUCCAUCAAGGCCUUAGCCAGAAAACCCGACCUGGAAAACCUCCGUCUUUGCAAUUACCAAUAGAGGUAAAGAACAUUAAGGGAGGCAAACACGGGAGCGACACGGGUGCGUAUGACAAUGAAGGAAUGUUUGUGGAAUCGAAGUUUGAGGAGAUAUUUACAAAGUAUGCGGUUACACAUAAAGGUGCCUUAACAGAAGGUGAAUUGGGGGCGAUGUUGAAGGGUAAUAAGGUACCUAAGGAUACUGCUGGAUCGAUUGCUGCUUAUACGGAAUGGAAAAUGUUGUAUAGCAUGUGCAAGGAUAAGGAUGGUUUGUUACAGAAACCUAUUGUAAGGGCCACUUAUGAUGGAACCUUGUUUUAUCAGUUGGAGAAGAGUCAUAAGGGAAAAUAAUUU